AUGUGGGGAACAAGCCAGGCAACGACCGGAGUGCCAUUAAUGGGAUCAGCAGGAAUUGGCGAUGUUAAUCCUAAUGGAAAUUAUUGUCUUCCUGAUCUUCCUUCGGAUACAGUUUCCAUGAUUUCAUGGUGUCCUACACAAAAUUACAUUGUAGCUAGUAGUUGGGAUGGUACCGUGAGCGCAUGGGAAGUUCAAGCUGCAAAUCAAAUGGGCAAGAUACAAUUCGCUGCCAUGGGAAAAGCCAAGUAUAAACAUGAUGCACCAGUGUUGAGCUGUUGUAUGUCUCGGGACGGAAAGAUAUUCUCAGGAGGAUGUGAUAACAAGGCCAAAUACUUUCAAAUUGGUUCACAGAGCGAUGUUACAUUUGGUGCUCAUGACCAACCCAUAAAAGCAAUCCGAUCGUUGGAUGGAGUUGAUAAUAUGCAGACAAUUGUAAUGACUGGAAGUUGGGAUAAGAAUAUCAAGUUUUGGGAUAUUAGAAACACAAACGGACAACCUGUUGGAGUUGUUGCUCAAAAAGACAGAAUUUAUGACAUUUCAGUUUCUGGACCAAUGGCAGUUGUAGCAUUAGCAAAUAAGGAAGUACUAGUUUAUGAUUUAAGAAAACCACAAGAACCAUACAAACAAUAUCAAUCUCCAUUGAGAGAACAAACGAGAUGCGUAGCAUGUUUCCCUGAUCAAUCAGGGUUCGCGAUUGGAUCCAUCGAAGGAAGAGUUGGUAUCAAUUAUUUACAAGAGACUGCUUCGAAGAAGAACUUUGCAUUCAAGUGCCACAGAGAGGUCAAUAACAUUUUUUCAAUCAAUGCCAUUUCAUUCCAUCCUGUAUUUGGAACGUUUUCGACAGCUGGUGCAGAUGGUACUUUCCACUUUUGGGAUCAUACUUCCAAGCAACGAUUGCAUCAAUUUAAAAAGCUUAAUGCUGAUUUGACAGUAGUUUCAACAGCUUUCAACGGAGAUGGUACCAUAUUUGCGUACGCAGCUGGAUAUGACUGGAGUAAGGGACAUGAAUUUUACAAGAAGCAUACCUACAUUUAUUUGCAUCCUGUAGAAGAACUUCAAGUUAAACCAAAAGGCCCAGGUAAAUAA